AUGUUGGCGACGAAGUUUGACGAAGUUGAAACGGUGGAAACCGCGAAUGGUGAAGCAGCUGACUUGCAGAGCCGAAUAUUCAAUGGGUGGAUGUUUGAUCGUAAACGUCCAUUGAACAUACAACUUCCGCAAGACACAGUUACCGUCUUGAAAUAUCCGAGAAAUCUGCCAAUUCCACCCUGUCCCGAUGGGAUCGAUCCAUCUAGCUGGGCUAAAGCUUUCGAAGAGGCUUCGGUUUAUUUGAUCGGAACUGCCCAUUUCAGCAAAGAAUCUCAAGAAGAUGUCAUCAAGACUAUCGCAAUCACGCAGCCUGAUUUGGUCAUGGUAGAGCUGUGCCCGAGCAGGAUUUCGAUUCUGUCAAUGGAUGAACA